AUGCAGAGCUAUUUUAUGAAGGGCAAGUUUAACCUACUUAGCAGAGGAUUGUUCAACAACGUGUACAAUCGAAGUUGUAGCAGUGGUCGAGAAGAACAGAUAAGUAGUAGUAAGGAUGAUGAUGAUGAUGAUAAUGAUAGUGAUGAUGAAAUAAAGAAUAAAAACAAUCCUUAUGAGAAAGAAAAGUUAGAGUCUAUAAAUACCAAUUAUGAAGAUUUAGAAAGAAUGAAAAAAGAGUUUAACGAGCAGCUUAUAUACUCCUAUUACAGUAACUAUGGUAACUUUAAGGGUGUAGAUGGAAUGAAGGAUAAAAAUAUUAUGGAUAUAAACAAAAAUGGGAACAGAAAUGUAAACAAAAGUGGGAACAGAAAUGAGAACAGAAAUAUGAACAGAAAUGAGAACAGAAAUGAGAACAGAAAUAUGAACAGAAAUGAGAACAGAAAUAUGAACAGAAAUGAGAACAGAAAUAUGAACAGAAAUAUGAACAGAAAUGAGAACACAAGUGCGAACAUGAGCAUGCACAUAAACAGCAACUACGAUUAUAACAGUUACACAAAUAAAAAGGACUUAUUAACCUACAACAAUGACAAACAAAAUGAGGAACGAACGCUGUAUAUAAAAAAUAAUGAGCAGGUAGUAAAAGAAGAAAAUGUCUUAUAUAAUGAACUAAAGAAACUGAAGAAUGAAAUACUAGCUUUAAAAAUUAUGAACGUGAGUUUACAGAAACAUGUUUUAGAUGCUCAUGUAAUGAGUGCACCGAAGGUUGUACCACAGCAUAUUAUUAUUAAUAAUAAGACAGAAGUAGCUUCAAAUGCUGUUAAUCAAAUGGAAAAUAAUAACAAUGAUAAGAAGAAGAAAAAUUAUGGAUUCCUUUAUCUUUUAUUUAAAAAACUUCUAAGUAGCAGAUUUAAUCAAAUGCUAUUUGUAUCAUCAAUUUUCAUCUCAUGUUAUCUAUUCAACAAACAAUGGCAACGAGCGCUCAAAGUUGCACAGCUCCAAAAAAAAAUUAAUUCGAACAUAAUUCUGCGGAGUGUUAGGUUCUUAGAGGAAGCUGCUGGAAUAAGAAAGGUCAGUUAUAUUUAG